AGUGCAUGAUUAGAAUUCUUAGUAGAGAAAUAUAAUGAUAAAUAACGCACAUUAACACAGCAUACACACACACACAUAACCUGACCAGUGUAUUACUGCAGACUCUAGACUGUAUUUAUUUUAAUACAACCAGACACAAAACAAGCUCUGGUGGGGCCACGUAAAAUGAUAUGGCAGCUGAGAUUCUGCCCACGGGCCUUGAGUUUAACAUUACUUCUUUUAGUGCUUUUGUGGGAACUUUUUCCAGUAUCUAAAACCAGAUCUAAAUUUACCUGCAAAUAAAUAAAUAAAAUACAAACAUGAGUACAAAAACUUGCCAAGUAACACAGUACCAAAUACCUAUAGUGAUAUAUUUAACUGUAUGAAAAGACCAAAUCAAAUGGUUCCAUGUUACUGCUUUUGGACAUACUGGCAUAUUUUACAGUACUAUUGUGCAAGAUCAUUUGGUAAUAGCCUGGAUUGAAUUGUAUCUCAUAAUUAAACAUAUUUUAAUUUACUUCCUUAAUAUCAUAGCAACACAUAAACUAUUUAAAUGCACAGUAUUUAAUACGGAAUUAAUCACGUUUCUUUUAUGGAAAUUGUGUUAUUGGUUUACUAGAUUUUAAAAUGUUUCGUUGGUCACUUCUUCCCUAUCACUGUUCAUUCAUUAGUAUUUAUCUGAAGUGAUAUGAUUUUUUAUUUAUUUAUUUAUUUAUUUAUUUUAUUGAUGCAUGCGAAUUGAGCACAUCACUGUCCCCAAACCACGGCCACAUCCAGCCCGCUGUCGAUCAGUUCCAGCCAACCAGGAGUUUGCUCGUUGUUGGAAUAAAUUAAAUUGUAGCUAUGCGGGAGGGACAAGAGUGUGAGAGAGAGACACAGAGAGAGAGGGUGAGCGGGGGAGGUAGAGCGAGAGAGAGAGAGUGCAGAGAAUGCCAUUCACACGUUCCGUGCGCCGGGGAUCCAGUGCGCACUGUAUGCGCUUGGAGCGCGUCUCUCCAGUCCGAGCAGAUGACGUGAGGCUGCUGAUGUUCCUCUGAUGCACGGCAAACAUGAGGUCCGUGUUUCUUCAGUGUGAGCACCGAGGCUGCGCUAUGUUCUUAAAUAAAUAGUUUAUUUGGAGAUACGGUCCCGAACUACAACCCGUCGGAUGCUCUCCAUUCCGGUGGAUUGGACUUACAGUAGCCGACCUGCUCCGGGUCCACGGAGGCUGGGGAUAUGUCUGCGUAAAGACAAGAGACUGCGCUCUGAUAAGACCGGAUGUGAUCCUAAUAUUUGUGCGUUUGGCUGCAUUUCUGGGGGAGUCCUCUACACUUUCCAAUGCCGUCCCGUUCACGCGACGAGCCGCAUCCAACUUCACGCUACAGUCUGGGUCUACGAGUCUUGCGGAGAUCGAUUCAGACCACAGUCAGAUCGCAGUACUCAAAGAAAAAGGAUUCAUCCGGAUCGCAGGAGAAUGAGGAGUCACAGGGGCCGGGGGAAACAGCAUGAGUGGCCCGUGCAUCUCCACUAGACUGGUGGCCCUCAUGUUUCUAUGGAAGUGGUUAACACUAAGCCUGCUCCAGAGCUGGGUGUCAGUGGGGGCCGGGGCGGCCGACCACGCAGGAGCUGGCUUCAGUGGCUCCUCCGGGCCCCUCAGCUGGCUCCUGUCGGACAAGGGUCCUUUUCAGCGCUCACAGGAGUUUGUUGAUUUCACAGAGCGUUACCAGCAGGGCUUCAGCACCAAGUACAAGAUAUACAGGGAGUUUGGCCGCUGGAAGGUGAACAGCUUGGCCCUUGAGAGACAGGAGAACAAUGGCUUUGCUCUGCCACUGGAUCCCGAGUUUCUCCAGACUAUUAGGCAGCUGGGAAGGAGGCCGAGUCUCAGUGCCAUCACUGACAACAUUAUCAGGAAAUACGGCACCCACUUCCUCCUCUCGGCAACACUGGGAGGAGAGGAGUCAUUAAUGAUUUUUGUGGACAAGCGGAAGUUGAGUCGGACAAGUGAAGUGAGCGAGUCCAACGGCACAGCUGUGAGUCUGGAAGCUCUGCACCAGCUGGCUGCCUCUUACUUCAUCGACAGGGAGAGCACUCUGCACAAACUGCACCACAUCCAGAUCGCCUCCACUGCCAUCAAGGUGACCGAAACAAGGACGGGUCCUCUCGGAUGCAGUAACUAUGACAACCUCGACUCUGUCAGCUCCGUUUUGGUUCAGAGCCCUGAAAACAAGAUUCAUUUGCAAGGCCUGCAGGCCGUGCUGCCAGAGUAUCUGAGGGCCAGGUUCGUGCAGGCAGCUCUCAGCUACAUCGGCUGUAAUGAAGAGGGUCAGUUUGUGUGUCACAACAAUGAUUGCUGGUGCCAGUGCGCCACCGACUUCCCGCAGUGUAAUUGCCCUGAGGUGGAUCUGAAAGCUAUGGAGACCAGUUUACUGCAAAUCAGAGAUUCCUGGAACGUCGCCAACAAAGACUUUGAAGAGUCAGAUGAGUUCCAGAAUUUCGUUCGAAAGCUUCCCACUUUCUACGCCCUGAACACGUCGGCCAUCCAGUACUUCUGGACCACGGAGCCCACUGUCCACCAACGCUACAAACAGCUAGAGCUAAACACUCAGCAGCUCCUGAGCAAAGCAAAACGCAUCAUCGGCAAACUCUUCAACCUCAGCAAAAAGUGUCGAACCCAGCCCAAAAUUAUCACCCUGCGGGAGAGACCUUUCAGCUACUGGCUGAACUACAUCCUAUCCAUCAUGUACUGCAGUGAGAACAACCAUGUUGGCUCCUACCUUGAGGAGACACGCAGUUGCUCCUGUCCUUACGAGCACCCACCCUGCCAGGGAGUCAUCCCCUGCACUGUGGGUGAGGGCACCUCCUGCGCAUCCUGCUCCUAUGAAAACCGCUCCCGCUGCGCCACCUGCAACCAGGGAUACAUGCUGAGUCAGGGCGUGUGUCGCAAUGAGGUGCCGGACUCCACUGACCACUACAUUGGCUUCGAAACAGAUCUGCAGGACUUAGAGCUGCGCUACCUUCUGCAAAAACGCGACAACCGCAUCAGCAUCCACGGGAUCUUUGUCAGCAACGAUGUGAGACUGAACAACUGGUUCGACCCGUCAUGGAGGAAAAGGAUGCUGCUGACACUGAAAAGUAACAAGUACAAAUCGAACCAUGUUCACAUGCUCCUGGGGAUGUCUCUACAGAUCUGCCUUACCAAGAACACCACUCUUGACCCAUUGCUGUCUGUCUACAUCAAUCCAUUUGGGGGGAGCCACUCAGAGAGCUGGAUCAUGCCCAUUGAUCAGAACAACUACCCAGACUGGGAGAGGACUAAAUUAGACCUUCCCUACGACUGCUAUAACUGGACUUUGACUCUGGGAAACAAGUGGAAAACGUUUUUUGAGACAGUCCACUUCUAUUUGCGGAGCAGGAUCAGGGGAACGUCAACCAACGGGACAGGAACUGUAUAUUAUGAACCCUUGGAGUACCUGGAACCAGGGAAGAAUCUAGGCUAUAUGAAGAUCAAUACCAUCCAAGUGUAUGGCUAUAGUAUGCACUUUGACCCUGAAGCGAUCCAGGACUUGAUUUUGCAACUGGACUACCCGUACACUCAGGGAUCGCAGGACUCGGCCUUACUGCAACUGCUGGAGAUUAGGGAUCGGGUCAACAGGCUCUCUCCACCGGGAUCCCAGCCUCUGGACCUUUUCUCCUGUCUGCUUCGGCACCGACUCAAACUGUCCACCACUGAUGUUGCCAGGAUACAGGCAGCACUGCAGACUUUUGCUGCCAAGCAGCCCAACACCAUGGAAUACGAAACCACCAAAUUAUGUAGCUAAGGUGGGCAGUGGUCCAGGUGCACAGAUGGCAGAUCUCUCAUCACACAGGCCGGAUCCGUGCUUAGAGAAAAUCUGAAGCAGAACAAGGGACAUCUAGGGGACAUUUUUUUUUGUCGUUGUCAUGAAUCCCCAGUGUGAAAAUCGAGAUUCUUACGUCAGACUUUACGUCAGUUUUUUGGUAUAAAUUUGUACCACAUUGUAGAAUUAAACUUGCAUUGUAGGUUUUCUCGUCCUGCCUGUCCUUUGAAAAAAAAGAAAUACAGUUUUUUGACAGAUGCCAAUAAUAAUUUGAAGUUCUGCUGUCAAUCAAUUUGUUGCCAGUGUGCUGACGUUUGUAUAAUAUUGCACAAGUCUGAAUCACUCACAAACAAAAGCUUUUGCAGAAGCGUUAUGUACACGAGCAAUGUCGUCAUCUCACCCACAGAACCAUCUCAACACCAGCGUGUUUCUUUUCUCUUAAUGUUUCCUCACCCUUAUUUCCAGAGUGCAAAAUCAAAUUUUUUAGUUUAUCGUCCAUUUGUUUCCGUUCCGUGGGUAAACCAUUGGUCAUGACGGACACACAGAAUGGUCAUCAUCAUCAACGUCACUGCUUUUUGUACAAUUUUGUAAAAACCACCAACAACAAAGUGAACAAUAUGCCGUCAGAUUCCUCACCUGUUGAGAAAAAAAAAGACACUGUUAUCAUAACACAACGUUACAUGUGCUUUUAUUUUUAUAAUGGCAGUGUUUGUGAAACAAGAGUUAUAAGAAUACUGUCUAUAAAAUGUAAAAAACACUUUGUUAAUACACUAAAUAAAAUACA